CCCUCGUCCAACAAUGGCCUCCAACGAUAUGUCACAUACAGAGAUAUGGGAUGAUUCUCUCCUCGUUGACUCUUGGAAUGAGGCUCUGGAGGAAUAUAAGUACUAUCAUAGCAUACAUGCUCGAGGCGAAAAGGUCGAAGAUGUACUGAAGGAAGCCGAGAACCAGAGUGAUAGAGAUCGUGAGGAGGCGGAGCAUGAGGAAGGGGAGGCCAGUGACCAGCAGGUCCCUGAUCCGCAUGCCAAGAAGAGCUUAUCUGGAGGAACGGCUGAUCCUACUGCAGUUCCACCUGAUGAUGGGCCUCGAGUUGAGAACAGUCGGCAUGCCGUCUCAAAUCAAGCGUCUGAUAGUGUGCCACCAAAGGGCCCAGCACUGCCAAAACAUCUUAUCGGUCAAGUGCAUGACGAGAGCUUGAAGAAUUUGCUAAUGUCGUGGUACUACGCUGGCUAUUACACCGGUCUCUACGAGGGCCAGCAACAAGGAGCGGCUAGCAAGCAAGCAUGAUGCAUGAGGAGAUAGAACCGCCAUGUUUGACUCUAACCGUAAAUCUGUCACAGAGAUAGUUUUGGCCAUCUGAUAAUGGGCCUCCCGAGCGCACGUCCGAGCUGCUGCGGCACUGCAAUACCUUGUUUGGCAGUGCCAAAAGCACGUGGUACCUCCGGACCACAGGAAACAGAACACUGAACAAAAGCCGUACCGUUUCCAGGUCAGACUGUGAGGCUACGUAUAGUACUCGGCCUCCAUUUUGCUCUCUAUCUGGUCGUACGCUGCCUUCGGUAG